GCAUCAGCAGAGGACGAAGACGAAGCGGUGUCAGCCUGAGGAGCUGCGGCCCCGCCCGGAGCCCGCAGAGCGCCCGGGAUGCCGCCGGCCGUGGCCGGGGGUGGCUCGGGCUUGGCGGUGGCGGGUCCCCGCUCGUUGAGCCCCGCCGCCCUGUCCCGCAGCCUAUCUCGCCUGCGCGAGUACCGGACCCGCUCCCGGAUCAUGCUGGCUCUCGGGGUCACGCAGAUGGUGCUCGGAUGCCUCAUCGUGGCAGUCAGCUUCGCGGCGCUGGCCCUGACCACCUCAGCUAGGGUCCGGCACUCCUGCCCCUUCUGGGCUGGUUUCUCGGUGCUCUUAUCUGGACUUAUUGGUGUUGUUUCUUGGAAAAGGCCCUUAUCCCUUGUGAUAACUUUUUUCAUGUUGCUGUCAGCAGUGUGUGUAAUGCUGAAUUUGGCUGGUUCUAUUCUCUCCUGUCAGAAUGCUCAGCUAGUCAACUCCCUAGAAGGCUGUCAGUUGAUAAAAUUUGACAGUGUUGAAGUAUGUGUUUGCUGUGAAAUGCAACAUCAAUCAUCAGGCUGCAGCAAUCUUGGUGAAACCCUAAAACUAAACCCACUUCAGGAGGAUUGUAAUGCUGUGAGACUGACUUUAAAGGACCUCUUAUUCAGUGUGUGUGCUCUCAACAUAAUUUCUACCAUUGUUUGUGCGUUAGCUACAGCUAUGUGCUGUAUGCAGAUGGUUUCUUCUGAUGUGUUACAAAUGGUUACCAGUCUAGACCAGCAAGUAACUGAAUCUAGCUUAGGGGAUCAAAACACAACUGCUGGUUUCAGUACACAAGUUUCCGUGGAUAGUACUUCUCUUUUGGUGUCUGAAGUUGCUGACAUUCCGGAUCAUAGUUACUCCUCUGAAGACCUUUGUUCUUUGGAAGUUCAAAGCUCUCUCCGUUCUGCAGACUUUUCUCCAUACAGUACAAUCCUUAAAGCGGCCACAGACAGUAGCUGUACCAGCUUGGAUCGCAGUGUGCGCUGCAGAUUCCACAGGACUCACUCACCAUGUUCCCCCAUGGAAGCUAGAGGCUGCCAGCAUAGAUCCUCUCUAAAUAGAUCUCACAUCCAGGACUAUGAGAGUUCUCCUCAGAGAUCUCCAGACUGUUCUUCUGAGAAUUGUAGCUUCUCAGAGUCCCAGGACUCUGUGCGGGAGAAUCAAUCACAGCCACAGUUAAAACAAAUGAAAAUGUGUUGUGGGAGCUUUAGCCAGUCUUCUGCAAGUCAUUCCCAGCCCUCUCUCUGUUCAGUUCCUGCAAAUACUUCAUUACAUCAUGGCUGCCCAGAGAGAACUGUCCUGGCAAAACGUGUAAGGAAAAAACGAAUUUCAAAUAUUGUCCGAUCUACCAGUGAUCCUAUUUCAUGUUCAUCCAGCACAGAAGGAGAUACCUCUUCCUACACACCUCUAUAUAGCCAGCAUCGUGAAGCAAGACUAUCUCAGUCGGAUUUAGAGACAGUUUCCAUUUCUAGCUCUCACAUGGCUGCUUCUGCUUAUCAGGACCAUUUUUUGCCAGCUGGAAAACAAAGACAUACCAGGAAAGUUGACCAACAUUUAAAGCCAAAGGUCUUACGGACCAUCUCAAAAGAGCAGCCACCCUCUUUAGUGGACCUUAAGGCCUAUAAAGACACAAAAAUUUUGGUGGCUAAAUUUUUGGAACAUUCAAACUGUAAUCUCCCUCCAGAAGUACAGCAUGUGGUGAACACUAUCCGGUCAGUCAUCAAAUCUGAUGAACGACACAUGGAAGAAGCCAUCUUCAGUGCCAACAUUAUAGAACAGGUCAUUGCCAGUUCUCAGCAGAAUGUGACUCUCUCUAGAAAACAGUUUCAAGAAGACCUCCAUCUGCAAAGCUGCGGUGCCCUGAGCUCUCCGGUUGCUUUCUUGCAUAGAGUACACCUCCCUCUCAGACUAGAAGGAAACAGCCCCCAGGGUUUUGUUGAAGCUUGCCGGGAGACCAUAAUUUGAUAUUGAACUAGAUGUACCUAGGAAAGAUCAGAAAACUGAAUUUUGCCCUCCCAGAUCUGAAUGACCACCUCAGAGAAGAGCACUUUAGGGGGUGUGGGGGGGGGGCAAAAGCGUCAUCCAAUAAGAUUAUAUUUCUUCUUUAUCUGAAAGAGAAUAAUGCACAGAUUUUAUUGAAUGCCCAAAUUAAAUGUAUGUUAUCAUGUAACAAAAGACAUUUUCCAAAUGGAUUAUUUUUUUGCUCAGAUGUGCUUGUUUAAAUGUUGCUGUGAGGUAAUUUCCAGGAAACCCCCCCUAAGCCACAAGAGAUCUGUUUGUACAACUUGAAAGUUGUAUGUAUUUAAUGUACCUCGCGGUGUUUUAACAAUGAUCAGUGUUUAAUAAAAAGUAUUUCUGA